GGAAAGUGCAGUUGGGGCUGUGCGCGGGAGGCCGAGCGCCGUUGUGAUUGGCUGGCGCACUUUGCACUUGCACUUUGAUCAUGGCGCAGCGCAAGGCGUCUGCGACGACACUCCUCCAAGCCUUGGAGCAGCUUCAAUCACCGGCGUUCGCCAAGAAGGUCGAGCGCUUCUUCCGCCGAUCGUACUGCCCGACCGACGUCUUUGUGGGUCUUCGCGUGCCACAGUGUCGUGACGCGCUCAAAAAGUAUUUGGCAACCACGUCCAAGACUGAGCUUCUGGAGUUGCUCCGGGAUCCGCGGCACGAGAUGCGGCUCACGGCGUUGAUUGCGCUCACCGAGGUGUACGAGCGCCCGUCCAAGGCGCCGCUGUGGCAACCGGUCCCCUCGCACGACGACGUUCGACUUGAGAUACGUCGCGUGCUCCUGGCGCAUGCCGCGUUCUGCAACAAUUGGGAUCUCGUGGACACGUGCUGCCACAAGAUUUUGGGCCACUCGCUGCUCCAUUUCGAGAUGACAGCCGUUGACGCCUUCCUCUCUCGGCCGGACGACAUAACCCUCCUUCCAGACUGGUACACGGCGCUGCUCACGUCCAGCGACCUCUGGGAGACGCGCAUGUCGAUCGUCGCGCUGCUUGGCGUCCGAGCCGACAACGUUGCGCUCUCGUACGCUAUUUGCGCCUACCACCUCCGUCGCUUCCACGACGCACCAGCGCUGCGCUGCACGCUCAAUGGCGUUGCUUUCGAGAGCUUGGACUUGAUCCACAAGGCCCUUGGGUGGGUCCUCCGCGAAAACGGCAAGGAAGGCAAAGCUCAACUCGAGACAUUUCUCGACGAGUUUGCCCCCAAAGCAUCCAAGACCACGGUGCGCUACGCCACCGAGCACCUCCCCAAAGCCAAGGUCAAGCGGUACGUUGCAAUGGCGACCUGAGCUUGUAUGCUCAACCGAUCUCCUUUGACGUCCAAUAACAAGAUUUUGUGGGCAUUAUAUAGCAUACUAGUAGUCUUUUUCAUAUAUCAAAAUGUACCAGUAGACCCGAACCCAUCCAAAGUCGA